AAAACAAGGGGGGGAAGUCAACCUUCGGUCCAGAUCUCGUCGGCACGUGAACCGAGGCGAGGCUGCUGCUCGCCGGAGAUGGGGAAGGAGGAGGGCGUCGGCCAGAGAUGAAGAGGAGGGAGAGGCGCUGUCGCCGGGGUUCGUCGGAGGAGAGGAGCGGGGCGGCGAGGAGCUCGGGCUCCGGCGGAGCCGAGGCGCGCUCGGGUGCCGGCCGGGCGGCGCGCCGGCGCCGGAGGCGGGCGGCGACCGGAGCGGAGGGACGCCGGGCGGCGAGGCGCGGGGUCGCCGGAGGAGGAUGGGCGCGGAGGGAGCCGGGCGCGCGGGGUCGGUCGCGCGGGCCGGGAGGGGAAGCGGGCGACCCGGGCGGCGUACGGGCUCGGGCGGGCCCGACUCGGGCUAG